AUGGACAACCACAUCAUCCAUACUCAUGACGUGGCCCACACGCUCGCUGCUGAGCAUCGCUCACGCGAAAUGAGUAUUCCUACGCUUUCGGACGACACUGCCAGUGGCAGCGAAUCUUCAGGCGAAAGCUCUCCUCCCGCUACACCCAUCCGUAGACUCAGCCGUGCAUCAUCCAUCUAUUUUGUUGACGAUCCCGAGCAUAUUACCACUUGCGAUGACACGAAUAUUACGAUCAUUGAAGCGGGCGCGGUCUCCUCGCCACUCGAAGACAGCAUCCGCCCGCUAAAGCGGAGACGGGCGGUGGACACAAAGGCUGAUGAAGUCCACGAAAAGAGACCUCUGCAACCUGACACUUGGAGCCACGCAACUAAGGCCGACUACGGAGUGUCCUUUGGUCUUGAAUAUACACCCGUCGGCGACUGCGGGGACGGCGAGCCAGAUCCAGUGGACCUGGCAUUAGAAUACGUUUCCCGUUCUUUGAAACGGAAGCGAUGCGCAGACACCAGGACUGUUGAAGUCAGCAUGAAGAGAGCGCGGAUGUCUGGCACGGCGAGAGACACGACCAUGGCCGAGGACCGCACUACUUUCGGUAUUGGGUACAUACCCACCCACGACUGCACAAAGAUCACGGUCGUCGACUCGGAAUCUGUUCACGCGGUAUUCCCCCGUAUUGACCCAUACGUUCCACUUGAAGCCACCGCUCGCCCGCCGAAGCGAAUUUUGUGUGCGGACCCGACGACCGAUGAGGUCCGUAUCAAGAGAAGGCCGUUGUCUGACAGUCCAAGCGACGCGUCAAAGCUCAAGGAUGACCAUCUUUUUGGACCUCACCCUCGAUGCAUGAUUACGGGCUGCGUGUCUGCUGAGGUGGAGGCGUGCUACAUCCUGCCUCCCGACACGCCCCAACCGUUAGUCUACACAUACCACGUCAUCGCAGAGGAUGAGCACCCUCCAGACUCGGGCAAACCCAGGGAUGAUACCACUACAUCCCCAGUUGCGACAGCUACUAGCUCGUAUCGCUCGCUGGGGUGGCAUGACCUGAGUGCAAAUCUGCAUCUGAUGACAGUUCGAGUGGGUCGUGAAUUCAUCAAGCGACCGCUCCACUACCAGCAUUUAUUACCUACAGACGCUCUUGUACAGAUACCCAUCAUCAGGCUGGUCCACUCAGAUGCAGUCGAGCCGGCCUCCCUCCACAUUGAACAAGAGUCGCCAGUCGAAGACAUGCCCCGCCCGCCGAAGCGGAAACAGUGUCCGGACACAGAGACUAAUGAAGUUCCUGCCAAGAGAGUGCGCACUGCAAGCGAGGCGUCCAAGGACCGCAUUCCUUUCGGACCUCACCCGAGGUGCAUGAUCACUGGAUGCGUGUUAUAUACUGCCUCCCGACAUGCCUCAGCUAUUGUGAAUCAAAAGAUUGACUACAUGACAUUCAACAUGCGUACCGACUAUGACACCUUCCUUUGUCACAAGCCUGAGAAUAUUAUAUUUCUUCGACGCGACCUCCGGGAACUGUGGGAAACGAACCGCUUGUUGAUAAUACCACAUCCUCAGCAUUUGAAGGAUCUUGAGUAUUGCACUGUAUACAAGUAUUACGUCAUCGCAGAGGACGAGCACCCUCCAGACUCAUGCGCGACCAUGGGACACCCUAUCACACCUUCCGUCAUGACGGCACCAUGUUCAUAUCGCUCGCUUGGAUGGCACGAGCUGGACGCCGAUCUCUAUUCUAUGAUUUUUCGAGCGGGUCGGAAAUUGAGCAAGCGACCACUGCACUACCAGCAAAUCUUGCAGGAGUUGCUGCCCCACAAGGAGAUCAAUCAUGCGUACAGCAUAAUCUCACAGUAUGUGUUGUGGACAGAACCCCUGUCUUCAGAGAUGCUACCCAACAGACGGUUGUGGGCAACAGGCAAACUCUCAGCGUGUCCUGAUGAUUACUACCUCCGCCCCUUCACCGAAUAUUGCUUUCUCCCGUCGGAUGACGACAUAUUCUACUUUCCUCGCCGACCUCGGCCGAUCGUCUCAGGGAUGCAGAGGAGACGUUCUGGCGAUACCAGAGUGGAUAGUGAGGCCUGCACCAUGGAAGAAGAUGCCCAGCAAGUAGCCAGAGUCCGACCGCUUGCGGAACCUGAGGACCCAGAGUUGCUCGUUUAUCGACAAAAGGAAGUAAGAGAUGUGAGACGGUGCCGGGUUUUGACAUCUGGCCUUAUACCUCAUUCUGUUACGCUUUGCACCCGCCGCACAGGUCUUGAAUAUACCCAGAAAGGUCUGUUAAGGUCGACACACCAUCGCGAUUGGAGCCUCCGCGACAAUGGACUGAUCCUAGCCUCUCCGCUCUUCACUGAUGAGCCAGACGUGCUCCCUGGCCGUGCCUGGCGAUUGCUGGCAAGGGACGGGAACUCUCGGGCCAUCAGCUGCAUCUCGGAGUUUAUUUCCGGCGGUGGCAGUGGCAUGCAGCCACGUGCGUGGCGUCUAUCAGGCGUCGAUACAUACCACCUUCCUUCCGAUGAGAACAUCCGGGUCUUGUUAUUCAAUGAACGAUCUCCACCAAUAUGGCCGAACGGAGUGCAAUUGUCAGACAUCAAGAUCUGA